ACAAACAUGUGUAUAUAUACACCAGGAAUAAACAGAGGAUCAAUCUUCUUCUGCAUGCUAAUUUACUUCAUUUCUUUUAGUUAAUCAAGGAAUACUUUAUGUUAGUUUAUUACUUUCCUGACCAACAACAACAACAUUGGUGUUUUCACUUUCAGUUUUCACCCAUUGGGUUUAAUAAUAAUAAUGCUGUCUGUCACACUUUUGGUCCUUUUUCUGCUUUUAAUCUUCUUCUACUGAAUUCAUUGCAACUUUUUUGGGAAAAAAAGAUAUAGAAGAACCAAGAUGGGGACUCAUCAUUUCUUCUUCUUGUUCUUGUUCUUCAUCCUUCUUGUUCUCAAUUUUGACAUCACCACAGCUCAGAUAUCAGGUUUUGUAAGUUUAGACUGUGGGGGUCAAACCAAUUUCACAGACAACCUCGGCCUCGACUGGACUCCCGACAACCAAAUCAUUUACGGGAUCACAACUAACAUCUCUGUCACAAACGAAACACGACAACAAUAUCAAACCGUCCGAUAUUUCCCUGCAGACAACCGAAAAUAUUGUUACACAGUCGACGUUAAAAGCAGGACUCGGUACCUUAUUAGAGCAACAUUCUUAUACGGUAAUUUCGACAACAACAAUGUUUACCCGAAGUUCGACAUUUCAAUGGGACCCACUCCUUGGGCUACAAUCGUCAUUUCGGACGCUAACACCAUCGAGUCUCAAGAACUUAUAUUUUUGGCUUCGGGUUCUACUGUCAGUGUGUGUUUAUCAAAUGCUACAACGGGUCAACCGUUUAUAUCCACGCUCGAACUCCGCCCAUUUAACGGGUCGAUUUACCUUACACCGUUUGAAAACCAGUUCUUUCUUAGUGUUUCUGCAAGAAUCAACUUUGGAGCGGAAAAUGAAGAUCCGGUUAGGUACCCGGAUGACCCGUUUGAUAGAAUCUGGCAAUCGGAUUUAGUGAAGAAAGCGAAUUAUCUUGUCGAUGUUGCGGCUGGAACCGAUAGAAUAUCGACGAGUUUACCGGUUUAUACCGGAAAAGACGAGCAGCCACCUCAGAAAGUAAUGCAGACAGCUGUUGUAGGAAGAAACGGGACGUUGACUUAUCGUAUGAAUUUGGACGGGUUUCCGGGAUACGGUUGGGCGUAUACUUAUUUUGCGGAAAUUGAAGAGUUGGGUUCCGAUGAAACACGAAAGUUCCGGCUUGUUCUUCCCGGUGAACCUGAUGUCAGUAAAGCUGUUGUUAAUAUCCAGGAAAACGCGCAGGGGCCGAACCGGUUGUAUGAACCGGGAUUUGAAAACAUUUCGCUUCCUUUUGUUUUGUCGUUUAAGUUUGCGGAAACAUCGGAUUCUACUCAAGGGCCUCUUGUUAAUGCAAUUGAGAUUAGUAAAUAUCUGAGAAUUAGUGAUGGAUCUCUUGAUGGAGCUGUGGCUGCAAGUUUGGUAUCGGGUUACAAGUUGUCGGAUUGGGCUCAAGAAGGUGGCGACCCAUGUUUGCCGGUUGCAUGGUCGUGGUUGGAGUGUAAUUCAGAUCGUGAACCGAAGAUUAUAUCGGUAAAAUUGUCUGGCAAGAACUUGACUGGAAGCAUACCGAACGAUUUGACCAGGUUGACCAACUUAGAACAGUUGUGGCUUGAUGGGAAUGCCCUCACGGGUCCGAUACCCGAUUUUAGUGGAUGCCCAAAUCUAAAGAUCAUACAUCUUGAGAACAAUCAGUUGAGUGGUGAAUUACCUACCUGGUUAGCAGAUUUACCUAAUUUAAGUCAACUUUAUGUACAAAAUAACUUGUUAACCGGAGAAGUACCAUCCGGUCUUCUGAACAAGAAUUUAGUCUUGAACUACACAGGAAAUGAUAGUCUUAGUAAAGGAAGUAACGAAGGGAGACGUAACAGAAACAUAAUCAUCGGAUUAGCGGUCGGGGCUGCUGCCCUUUUCUUAGGGUUCAUAACUUCAUGCCUACUUCUUCACCAACGAAAAACACAUCCAAAAACCGAGCCGAAACAUAGCGUUCCUGUUACAAACAAUGCAACAACGGAAGCCGAUCAAAGCUUCACAUUAUCCGAACUACGAAACGCCACAAAGAACUUUGAAAACAAAGUUGGCUCGGGAGGGUAUGGCACCGUUUACUAUGGAAAACUUAACGAUGGAAAAGAAAUUGCGGUGAAAGUACUCUCAAAUAAUAAUGUUUAUCAGGGCAAGAAAGAGUUUCAAAAUGAGGUGACGCUUCUUUCGCGAAUCCAUCAUAGAAACUUGGUACAGUUUCUCGGGUUUUGCCAAGAAGAAGGGACGGAUAUACUUGUUUACGAGUUCAUGCAUAAUGGAACGCUCAAAGAACAUCUUUAUGGACCUUUAGCGAGGGAACGAGGGAUUAAAUGGCUCAAGCGGUUGGAGAUUGCUGAAGAGUCUGCCAAAGGGAUUGAGUAUCUUCAUACUGGUUGUGUCCCUUCCAUCAUUCAUAGAGAUUUGAAAACAAGCAAUAUUCUUCUCGAUAAAAACAUGAGGGCUAAGGUUUCGGAUUUUGGCCUCUCAAAGCUUACAGUUGAUGGGACUUCACACGUUUCAAGCGUCGUUCGUGGCACACUUGGCUAUCUUGAUCCGGAGUACUAUAUAUCAAACCGUUUAACAGACAAGACGGAUAUAUAUAGUUUUGGGGUCAUUCUUCUUGAGCUAAUAUCUGGCAAAGAAGCAAUUUCAAACGAAAGCUUUGGUAGCAGUUGUCGUAACAUCGUUCAAUGGGCAAAGAUGCAUAUAGAGAGCGGUGACAUUCAAGGAAUCAUUGAUCCGGCUCUUGGUAAUGAAUAUGACAUCCAAUCAAUGUGGAAGAUAGCCGAAAAAGCCUUGAUGUGUGUGCAGCCACACGGGAACAUGAGACCAUCGAUGUCUGAGGUUAUAAAGGAUAUACAAGAUGCAAUCUUGAUGCAAAGGGGAGUGGAAACCGCUGCGCGAGAAGGUAGUUCUGAUGAAAUGCCAAGACAUACAAUUUUGAACAUGGGAUCACUUGAUUUAAUGGCCAACGAUCAAGAUUUGUCGAUUGAUGAGUCGUUUGCUCGACCAGGUCCACGAUAGCAUUGGUUUUGUUUCGUAUGUUCGAUAUUUGAUGCUUAACAUGGAAGGUUUGGAGUAGUUGUUAGAAUGGUGGUGUGGGGUUUAUUUCUUGUACUUUGGAGGUGUACUUUAUGGUAUUUAAAUGUAAGUUUUUGUAGUUGUAGGGGGUUGGGUGUAAAUUUGGAGUUCUUGUGGACCAAGAUUAAUCUUUAUAAGUUGUAAUGGGAGAGUAUGAUGUUUCUGUAUAGACAAA